AGACUCGCAAUAGCCGCUCGUCGCUUAUUUGAAUGCCGACGUUAGAUCUUUUGGAGAUAAGCCACCCGACCGGACAAAAUACCAAGAGGAUUUUCAUGCAGCCAAGACCUCAAAGAUGGGGCUCCGUCACCAGGCUUUGGGACCAUUUAGGAAGGUUGCUAAAUGAAGAUGGAGGGAUCAUGACACGUUUGGGCAUUUUUUUUCGUCUUGGAGACGCGGAUAACGAUUUCCAACAUCGCUUCCUGCAGCAUGGUCACCCGGCAGUCAACGGUCAUCCCCAGUCAAUCGGCCGGUCUUCAUCCGAGGUCGCAUACACAAGAUAUAUAAAGGGUACCAUGCAACGAAGUUGCUGCAACCACAACGAUGGAUCGCUACCUUAUCGCAAGGAUCCCUACAGUGGCGCCCUCAGUACUAACUUUGGGCCUUCUCGCCUUGAUCCUCAGCUAUGGGCCGCACACAGUAGCUGCUACUGGGAGUACCUACCUUGUCAGUCGCCAGAGCAAUGGCACAGCGCUCAGUCCGCACUUCACAGCCAUAUCGGACUAUGUUGACUCCAUCACUGACGACCUUUCAUCCAUCAACACCGAGAUUCAUUCGAACCCAGAGCUAGGCUAUGAGGAAGUCAAGGCCCAUGAACUACUAACCUCAUUCAUGGAAGAGCAAGAAGGAUGGAACGUCACUCGGUCCGUCGGGAACAUCUCGACUGCUUUCAUGGCCGUGUUUGAGGGCAGCGGCGAGGGUCCGAUUGUUGGCUUCAACGCUGAGUACGAUGCGCUGCCAGAGCUGGGCCACGCUUGCGGCCACAACCUCAUCGCUACUGCAUCUCUAGGAGGUGCUCUCGCAGCUGCCGACGUCAUGCGUAAGGAGAACCUCGCAGGCAAGAUCAUCCUCUUCGGAACUCCCGCCGAAGAAUCUCUGGGCGGCAAAGUCAAGAUGCUAGAAGCCGGCAUCUUCAACGACGCCAAAAUCGAUAUCUCCUUGAUCUCCCACCCAACAUCCAGCGGCGACAGUCCUUACAUGAUCACCACCUCGACCGACCGCGUCGACGUUGAAUACUACGGCCGCGAAGCCCACGCCGCCGCCGGACCCUGGGAAGGCAUUAACGCGCAAGACGGCCUGCUCCUCGCCAACAGCGCGAUCUCCUACAUGCGUCAGCAACUGCGACCUUCCGACCGCGUCCACGGCUUCAUUUCCAGCGCAGGGUCCCGCAUCAACGUCAUCUCGGCCAAAGCCUCUGGAUCCUACCAGAUCCGCGCAAACGACGAGACACAGCUCUCGAACCUAACUCAGCGCGUCGAGAACUGCUUCAAAGCCGGUGCCCUGGCUACAGGCGCCGAACUCAAUUUCACAAUCCGUCCCUACGGGUACGCAAACCACGUCACCAACGACCUCCUCGCCGCCUCGUACGCGACGUUCUUUGAAGAGCUGGGCGGCGAGCUUGAGCCCAGUGAGAUCGACAAGAUGAAAGACCCCUCCGGCUCAACCGACCAAGGCAACCUCUCCCACGAAUGGCCGAGUAUAUCCCCCUACUUCCAGAUCUUCAACGAGGAUGGGAGUGUGCCGUCCAGCGGCCCACACACAGCGGCUUUCGAGGUCGCAGCUGGCUCAAAGCCAGCGUUUGAGAAGAGUUUGGUGGUCGCGAAGAGUCUUGCGGGGGUCGCUGUUGAUGUGUUGACUGUGGAUGGACUUUUGGAACAGAUCAAGGAGGAGUUUGAGAAGACGAAGACGCCUAGUUUGAGGAGGCGCUCAUUGUCGAGGAAUGCGUAGGAAGCACGGAGAUCAAGAAGU